AUGAAUACCGUGCAGUACUACUUGAAGUUUCAAUUCCACUUUAACAAAGACCAAUUCGCAAACCUGAUGAUAAUUGCCGGAAUUGCAGGAACUAUAUCACAGUUGAUCCUUAUGCCCUUAUUAACUCCACUCAUGGGAGAAGAGACGAUGCUUUCUGUGGGCCUUCUUUUCGGCUGUGCUCACAUGCUACUUCACAGCAUUGCUUGGGCUCCUUGGGUUCCAUAUGUAGCUUCAAUGGUUACAGUUGUUUCCACAUUUGCUCUGCCAUGUUUACGAAGCAUUGCCUCAAAACAAACAGGACCGGGUGAGCAGGGAAAGGCUCAAGGUUGUAUUACAGGCAUAUGUUCCGUUUCUAACAUUGUCUCCCCUCUUGCUUUCAGCCCUUUGACAGGUAACUAUAAAUCCUCAUUUUCCCAACUUCAAAUGAUAGCAUUCGUGCAAAGUCUCACGAUUAGGCCAGCUCCUUCUCGUGUCGAUAACUGCAGCAAUGUUAGCACGUCUGGGCAAAUAGAGCCCUUAGUUUGA